AUGGCUGAAGAGGUUGCUGGAAUCCACACACCACCAUUGCAAUUAACCAAGAUUAAUCAAGAUAUUAGAGCCAGUGAAGAACUACAAGAUGUUGAAAAUUUGCUUGGAAUGGUGGUGCACAGUGAGGAGGAAGCAUAUAAAUUGUAUAAUGAUUAUGCUAUACGAAUUGGGUUUAGUGUUCAAAAAGAAAAACUCAGAUAUGCAAAAAAUGGUGUAAGACAACGAGAGUAUGUGUGUUCGAAAGAAGGAUUUCCACGAGAUGGUGACCAUUUGGAUGAUAAGAAAUUCAAAAGAUUACAAACUAGAAUUGGUUGUGAGGCUAGUAUCCGGUUUACAGUGACAAAUGGUGAGUGGAAGGUUACUCAUUUCAAUCCUAAUUAUAAUCAUGAGCUUGCAAAGCCUGAAGAAAGACCAUUUUUAAGGUCGAAUUGA